AUGGAUGUUUCCAUCGGUUCAGUAUUGGGUGCCCUCCUGGCCGUGCUUGUCUCCACGCUGCUGAUCAGAGUGAUGUUCCUUCUGGUGUGGAAGCCCUAUGCUGUCAGCAGGUGGUUUAGGGGCCAGGGCGUCGGGAGCCCAAGCUACAGUCGAAUGAUAGGAUAUUUUGACAGUCUGAUUCCUGAUUGCAUUAUAUAUAUAUGUGCGUGUGUCUGUCAUUCAGGGAAGACAUUUCUGUACUGGUUCGGCGCAGUGCCGACCAUCUGCGUCGCCGAGGUGGACCUGGUGAAGCAGGUGCUCACGGAGAGGACAGGUCUGUUCCCCAAGGACUACUUGAACCCCAACACGGAGGCACUCCUUGGCAAGGGUCUCGUUCUCACCAACGGCGAAGACUGGAAACGCCACCGCAAGGUGGUGCACCCGGCCUUCAACCUCGACAAGCUCAAGGCGAUGUCCGUGGUCAUGGCGGACUUGGCGCAGCAUAUGAUGCAGCAAUGGCAAUGUCAAAUACUGCAGGCUACCAACCAUGAGGCUGAAAUUGAACUAAGCAGUGAAUUCUCAGAGCUGACUUCGGAUGUGAUCGCGCACACGGCCUUCGGGAGCAGCUACAAGGAGGGCAAAGAGGUGUUCGUCGCACAGAAGGAGCUCCAAGAACUGGCAUUCUCAGCAUCGCUUGAUAUCCCAGCUCCUGGUCGUCUAAGGUAA